AUGAUUAUUCGAAGGCAACUAGCUACAUUAACAAAAUCAAGACCAACUCCAGUUAAGAAAACUUCCGAUGCUACCCGAAAAAAAUAUGCAUUUUACGAUUUGGUAUUGCGUACACCUUCACACCCACAGCAUCCAAUAGAAGCAAGCUUAAUGUCUGCAAAGGACUUGACUAAACUAAAAGCUCAUACAAAGACUAGAUUUGUUGGGAAUUACACAUUAGACAACUUGUCUCCUGAAGAAAGAAUAGCCAAAGUGUUUGGGGGUAGAAUCAAAGGAGAAGAUAGAAAGGCAUCAAGUCGUAUAGAUCGUGGAGAGUCUCGAGUCAUUGCUGGGAUCACUGUCCCUGCAAGACCGCCAGAACCAGACAAUUGUUGUAUGAGUGGAUGUAUUAAUUGUGUAUGGGAGUUAUUUGAUGAAGAUUUGAAAGACUGGGAUGCAAAACGGAAACAGGCAGCUGAACGUUUAGUGUCUCGAGGAGGCCGUUGGCCAGAGAACUUUCAUCCUCCAUUAAAACAUUUGAAAAGAGAGAAUUACCCAGUGUCAUUGGCCGAUAAACUGGAUAAAGAAAUCAGAAAAGAGAUAGCAGGAAAACCAGGAAAAGGUGACGAUGAUGACGACGACAGUUGGGGAUCUGUGCCUGUUUCAAUUCGAGUAUUUGCUGAAGUUGAAAAGAAGUUGAAGCAAAAGAAAAGUUUGGCAUCAAGCUAG